UGAACGCGUACGAAUGGGGAAGUACGUGGCCAUUCGAAAGACAUAAAACAUCAAUCAACAUCAUUGGCAGCAACCAGCAACCGAGUAGAGCGUUCAUUGUUGGUUCAAUGCGAUCUAGGGAAUGUCUGAACUCUGAAGCGGCACUGUCUGUCCUACUUCUAAUCCCGGUUGUGUUCUGAAGAGAACGAUCAGAUCAGUGUAGUGCCCAUCUGGCCAUUUUCGAAUGAUGACUGUCUUCAUCUGUGCCGCAAAACUGCAAAAUACACAAAUAGAUCCAGAUUAAAUAUUACGUCAUAAAAUGUAUGUAUGUCGUUGAUGGCUUUUAGACAUGAAUAUUGCCAUCCUUGGUGUGCUUUGUUGUUUUGGCGCAUAUGAUACAGUUACUGGCUUGGUGAAGUAGCUGAAAAAAAGAUACGAGCAAAUGUCGAUAUUUAUUAUUUUAAUUUAACGCCUACGCUAGCAUUCUAACCACCGACCAACCUGGAAGAUCAAAGGCAACAACAAUUCACAGUUAUCACACCCCAUGCAACAAAGAUCAUCAAAAUAACCUCAGAAAGGGCCGGUCUCCGUCUCACGGAGUUCGCUACCGACGGCGGUAGCGGCGGCGGCGGCUGCGUGCGCCCGACCGACCCGACCGACCGCCCGGGGCGCCACACCGACCGGCCAGUCGCCACAGACGCGCGGCCGUCCCUGGCCGGUCAGUAGCGCUCCGCCGUCAGGGUACGACCGCCGGCUGGCUGACCUGCUCUGACCUGAGAGCUGAGAUCUGCGCUGGCCGAGUCAGACCGCUGGCUUUCCGUCCUGCUGACCUGCUGGUCCUGCACUACAGGUUCUUGCUGUCUGACCGAAAGGCCACUCAGAGUACCAUGGCUGACUCGCGGAGACGGCUGUUUUCGAUACUGUGACGCGUACCGAGUCACUGAAGUUCAGCUGUGACUCCCUGAGUCAGUGGACUCGUGAUUCGUGACUCGGCCCUGCCAGACCGACCCUCCGUUGAAACAUGAACUGGUACGUUCGUCUGCUGGCCAGCCACCCGUACCUGGUCAUUCUGGCCGUGGCGGCUGCCACGGGAGCCUGCAUCACCGUGGUGUUCACCAGUCGACCGCUGCCAGACUUCGCCGACCCCAUGCUGGGUUUCGAGACGCGCGGCACGGAGCUCUCUCAGCGACUGUCGGCGUGGAACAACCUGCAGAAGGCGGCGCAGGCGGGCGGCCCGCUCACCAACAACCCCAGCAUGGAGCCGGACUCGCCGCACUUCUGGAUGGGCCCGGCCGCCGCGCCCGUGGCCCAGCCCUCCGCGUCACCGCCGCCCCAGGCCCAGGUAUUGCUGGCUCCGAAGCCGGGCGGCGCCGAGGCCGCACGCGCCGCUGCCGAGGAGGAGGAAUGGCGCGACCUGUCGCAGCUGGGGCUGACCGGCCGGCUGCCGCCCGCUGAGCCCUCGGGCGACGACCGGUCGGAGCAGGGGCGGCGCCAGGAGCCGCAGUCGGGGAGGCCGGCCGGGCGACAGCCACGCCGCGGACCGCUGAGCGGCACGGGAUCCACCUGGUUCUGCGGCCCUCUCGUCCAGGAGUACGGUCACGCGGUGUUCGCGCCGGCCCCGGGAGCCGCCGCGUCCGCCGACUCCGGUCCGGGCUCGGGUCUGUUCCAGCUGGACAGCAUCCGCUCCAUGUGUGCCGUGGAGGAGCGUCACUUUCACACGGAGGCCUUUCCCGACUUCUGCCAGAUUGACGACGCCACCCAGCGCUGCUGCCGCUCGUGGUCGCUGGGAAACUACAUAGCGCUGCUCUACAACCGCUCCGACUGCCUGGCCAUAAAGGCGUCGGACGUGUCUGGCACUCUGUCCCUGCUCCGCGACUGCGCCCCGUUCUACCACGGCGGCCAGCUGCAGCCGGACUGUUCGGGCCGGCCGUGCCGGGACGUACCCGAGAGGUGUGCACGGCACGACGCGGUCUACCACCUGCUGCACUACAUACUGGACAGCCAGUUUCUGCCGCCGCAGGACCCUAACCGGGCCCACCUGAGUUACGCGAUGACCUACCUGCCGCUGGCCCGGAGCGGUGCCGUGCUGCCCUACUACCGCACUCUGAACACCAGCCUGGCAGACAACAGCACCGCCGUGGUGGCCAUGGAUCUCGGUCUGAAGGCCGCGCUGUUUGACGAGUCUCUGCGCGAGGACGCCGUGUACGCGGGCGCGGCGGCCGGCUGUAUCGUGCUCCUCAUCUGGGUCUACACGGGCUCCCUGCUGGUGACCCUGGCCACCCUGGCCGCCGUGGCCAUCUCGCUCUGCACGGCCUACUUCGUGUACGCCGUGGUGCUGGAGCUGAGCUUCUUUCCGUUCAUGAACCUGCUGGCGGCCAUCAUAGCCAUCGGCGUUGGCGCGGACGACACGUUCAUAUUCUGCAAGGUGUGGGACCGCUGCAAGUCGGACAAGAACGCCGGCACGCUGGCCAAGCUGGUGGGUGACUCUCUGCGGCAGGCGGCGCUGAGCAUGCUGGUCACCUCGCUGACAACGGCUGCGGCCUUCUUCAGCAGCUGCGUCAGCCACGUCACCGCCAUCGCCUGCUUCAGCAUCUUCUCCGGCAUGACGAUCCUCAUCAACCUGGUGCUGAUGGUGACGUGGACGCCCGGGUUCGUGGUGAUGCGCGAGCGGUUCUGCCAGUGGUGUCCUCCGCUGCCGCUGGGCGCCGGCGGACCGCUGUCGGCCGGCCGACCGUGCCCGCCGCGCCGACGCUGCGGUGAGCUGGGCCGCGUGCUGUUCGACAAGCUGCUGCCCUGCGUGGUGGUGAAGCUGCGCUGGCUGUGGCUGGUGGUGCUGGCCGCGCUGGCGGUGGCCGCCGCGCUGGUGGUCUGCUACCAGCCGCGGCUGCGCCUGCCCGAGUCGCAGCAGUUCGCGCUGUUCCGCUCGAGCCACCUGUUUGAGCGCUACGACGCGCUGCUGGCGCAGUGGUUCUGGUUUGAGCGCGGCUCGCAGGCGCAGCUGGAGCGCCGCCUGCCGCUGCGCUUCGUCUGGGGCGUGCUGCCGCUGGACGGCGGGGACCGACUCAACCCGGCCGAUCGGGGCACGCUCCGACUCGACCGGCGCUUCCAGAUGGAGUCCGCCGAGUCACAGCGGUGGCUGCUCCAGUUCUGCCGCGAGCUGCGCCAGCAGGGCUUCUACCAGUCCACCCAGGGACCCCUGCUCUCCAACUGCUUCAUCGAGACGUUCAAGGACUGGAUGGAGGGCCGUCAGUGCGUGGAUGAGAUCACUGGGGAGGAUCGGGAGCCCUGCUGCCGGUCGGCGCUCUUCCCCUACCCGGAGGCCGUGUUCACAGAGUGUCUCGUCCGCGCCGUGCGUAGCCUCCACAACACCCCCGCGCAGUUCUUCGAGGCCGGACCGGCCGGACCCAAGUUCCUGAAGAGCACCGGCCGGGUGGCGGCUGUUGUUGUGGAGUACGACAGUAACUACACCUUCUCACUCGCACACGAUGAGAUGCAUGAGUUCGUUACAGCUGUCGAGACGUGGACUGUCGAGCAGAUGCGUUCGGCGCCGCCCGAAAUGGCUGGAGGAUGGUUCAUCAGUUUCACCGACUUCUACGACUUGCAGACCGCGCUGGCGGACGGCACUCUUCUGGCGAUCGGCGUGGCCGUCGGACUCGCCUUCCUUGUCCUCAUGCUCACCACACUCGACCUCCGCGUCAGUCUGUUCGCCGCUGUGACGGUGGCGUGCGUCAUCUUUGUCACAGUGGCGGCGCUGGUGCUGCUCGGCUGGCGUCUGAACGUGCUGGAGGCCGUGGCUGUUACAGUAGCCAUAGGACUCUCCGUGGACUUCACGCUGCACUACAGCGUGGCGUACCGAGCCGGCGAGCAGCCUGACCGAGAGGCCCGCGUGGUGCACGCGCUGUCUUCCGUGGGCUCGCCGAUUGCCAUGGCGGCUCUGACUACUCUGCUGGCGGGGGUAUGUAUGCUCCCCAGUCAGGUGCUGGCCUACCUACAGAUCGGUGUGUUUCUGAUCGUACUGACGGCUGUCAGUUGGACGUACGCCACUCUGUUCUUCCUUCCCCUGCUGCGUGUCUGGGGCCCGGAGCGGGCGUGCGGUCCGUGCCAGGGCGGUGCGGUGGCCUUCUGUGAGCGCAGCGCUCCGCGAGCCGACAAGGCUGUCUACAACUACACGGUCAGUGAAUCCACCCUCAGCACGUCCAGUAACGCGUUCCUGCACCCGGCGGCUGGAGAGACGUACGAGCUGGAGCCGCUGACUCCGGGCCAGCGGCGGCGGCCGUGGCGGGUCAGCCAGCCGGACCUGCGGCAGCGCUCUGCCUCCGUGGGGGACGCGGCGGCGCCCGGGCCCCCGGCGGCGGCCACCCCGGGCGCGCGCAAAAAGUCGCUGCCGUCGCUGACUCUGGAGGGCGGCGCGCGGCGCUGGGCGGCCGCCGGCAGUGCCACCACGGUGGUACUCUGUGAGGACACGGGAGAUGUGGAGCCGAACCGGUGCCCCGGCGUACCCGACGUGUGGGUGAGACGCACGUGACAGCCGGCCAGCGCGGCCAACGGGACGGCCGCCGGGGCAGCGGGCGACGGGCAGAGGGAGAGAGCGCCACACCGGGAGCACCGGGAGGCGGCCGGGGGAGGGCCGGGGAGGGGGACGGCGGCGGACAGGCUGGGACGCAGAGCGCGCUCCCGAGCGGUGACCGUGGAGGUGAAUUCUGUCAAGGUGCGGCCGGCGCAGAGGAACUGUCAGUGUCUCUGCGUGGUGGAGAGGCGGUAGCGCCGCCGGCGGGGCCUGAUCAGGGGGGGGGGGGGGACUUGAUAGCUGUGAUCUAGCUGGAUUCGUUUUCAAUGAGGGGUUCUGUGAGUGUACUUUGACCUGAUUGUGGUGACGUUUUACGCUGAUGCUUUAGAAGUCAAUCUAUUUGAUGGAUUGUAUGUAGUCGACUUUACUCAUUUUUUAUCAUUUGUGGGCAGCUUUUCUGCAAUCUAUUGAGGCAGCUUAUACUAUAUUGACCUGAUCUGUACCUAUGUACUUAACUGAUUGGUGUUUAUUUUUACCAAACACGGUUGAUGUGCCAACGCUCAAAAGAGUUGCCAUAUGGUUUGUAUUUUUCAUGUUACACCACGGGGGCUCUUCAAUCGUGUUAUUUGGGCCGAGGCUUCCAUCUGAUUGUUGAGCCGCAAAAUCAUAGAAUUGUGGCCAGUGUGUUGAUAUUGAGCGAUAUUGGGCUCCGACCGAAUUAUUGUAUUAUCGAUUUUUAUUCCUUGGAGCCAACUUCCGUACGUGUCAAGCUUCAACUCAUGGAUGUCGUGCCAAGCCCGAUUUUUUCCGAUAAUACUCAGCCUACCGACGUGGCCCGUUUUUGUCAUUGUUCCCCGUUCCUUACGCUGUAUUCGGAGCCUUCCGCGUCGCCCGUCGGACACGAGCUCGAACGGCCCGGGUGAGGUGCUUGGGACGCCGGUGGGUAAUCAAGUGUGUGGACCGUGUCCGGCUGCGAAUCUUGACAUUCCUGUUCCGUUUUGAACAAUAUACAUACCUUUUGUAA